GGACACGACAGUGUGGCCCAUUCUUACAUUCUAGAAUGAAAUACAAUCACUACACCCUCCUGAUGACCCUGAUCUUCAUGAUUAAUGAUUGCAUGGGACAGACUUCAUGUGUGGUGGACUCAUUCACUGUGAAGGAAGACUUUGACCCCAAACGGUAUGCAGGUAAAUGGUACGCUCUGGCCAAGAAAGACCCAGAAGGAUUGUUUCUACAGGAUAAUAUCUCCGCUGAAUACACCAUUGAGGAGGAUGGGACUAUGACUGCGUCUUCCAAAGGCAGAAUGAAGCUUUUUGGAUUCUGGAUGGUCUGUGCUGAUAUGGCUGCUCAAUAUUCGGUACCUGACCCCACCACACCAGCCAAGAUGUUCAUGAAUUACCAAGGGCUGGCAAGCUAUUUGUCAAGUGGAGGUGAUAAUUACUGGGUGAUUGACACAGAUUACGAUAACUAUGCCAUCACUUAUGCCUGCCGCACUCUGAAGGAGGAUGGAUCCUGUGACGAUGGUUACGCCAUUGUUUUCUCCCGCAACCCUCGGGGCUUUCCCCCCGCCAUUCAGAAAAUUGUGCAGCAGAAGCAGGAGGAAGUCUGCAUGUCUGGCCUAUUCCAGCCUGUGCUACAGACAGGGGCUUGUUAAAGCAAAACUCGUCCAGUCCAGAGAUGAAGUAAAAGGCCUGAUGUUUACAUCUCAAACAUGUUCCUCACAAAUUCUUUGAAUCGUUUUUUCCCCCCCAAAGCACAUUUAAGUUCUGAUUUCUAGUAUUUAGAUUUUUGAAAGAAAACUGGCUCAAGUAUACAGCAAAUUACUUCUCAGAUUCUUGCAUUAACUGAUGCAUCAGUUUAAAAACUAGACCUUUUUCAAUUAUCUUUUAAUUUAACCUUUCUUGGGCAAUAUUAAUCUGGUAUGGUGCUGAAUCCUUCAGCAAAAGAUACAGGCCUUAUGAAUGUAAUUUUCCUACUGCAGACUUUCUCAAAAUCCUAUGCCAACUUUUCCCUCUCUUGCAAUAAUUCCAUCUCUUGACUUAUUAAUUUAAAUAGAGAAGCAUCAGUUAUACACAAGAUGUUUAUGGAGAUUCUCGGUCAUCUAAGUCAUGGUUGUCCCAAAGGUGCUUUCUUUCAAAAGGCAACUGGACUUUCCCCCCCUUUUUUUCUUUUACCAAAACAAGAAAGUCAAGUUGCCUUUUGAAAACACCUUUAGGUUAGACACAAAAGUUAUGUAUGGAAGGACAAACUAUUUGAAAAUUGUAGUUCACAGAAUUCUUAGCCUAGAUAUUGCAAGGGGAGGCUUUCUAUGGGGCCUCUGCUAUUCUUUGUGUAGUUCCAUCCAAAAUGGACAAUCUCCAGUAUGCUAUUGCAUAUUGCAUCUGCUAGAAAUAUAGAAUUGAGGAAGCUUCUCAAAUGAAGAUCCUGCAGACCAUCCACUGUAUCUGCUUACCAAGGAAAGAGAACGGCAUGGCUUUCUUGUUUGAGCGUUUUAUUCAACAGAUGAAGUUUUCCUGGGCAAUUGGAAUACUACAUCCAGUUUUGGUCGCCACGAUGUAAAAAAGAUGUUGAGACUCUAGAAAGAGUGCAAAGAAGAGCAACUAAGAUGAUUAGGGGAGUGGAGGCUAAAGCAUAUGAAGAACGGAGAAAUGUCUAGUUUAUGAAGAGAAGAACUAGGGGAGACAUAAUAGCAGUAUUCUAAUAUCUCAGGGGUUGCCACAAAGAAGAGGGAGUCAAACUAUUCUCCAAAGUACCUGAGGGUAGGACAAGAAGCAAUGGGUGGAAACUAAUCAAGGAGAGAAGCAACUUAGAACUAAGGAUAAAUUUCCUGAGUUAGAACAAUGAAUCAGUGGAACAACUUGCCUCCAGAAAUUGUGAAUGCUCCAAAAAUGGAAGUUUUUAAGAUGUUGGAUAACCAUUUGUCUGAAGUGGUAUAGAGUUUCCUCCCUGAGCAGGGGGUUGGACUAAAAGACCUCCAAGGUCCCUUCCAACUCUAUUAUUCUAUUCUAAUCAAUUCUGGCUUUAGCUUUACUCCUUACUGCGCUUGUCUAAUUAUUUAGCAAUUUAUCUGGUAUUUCUCAGUAGGAUUUGGAAAUUAUGCUCCACGGAGGAGACAUUUAUUUUAUAAGUUUGAACAAUGGGGUUUUUUUGUUUUUGGAUGGUGGUCAAAAGGGGCAUUGCAUUCAUUCAUUAGCUCAUGCUUAAAGAUCCUUAAAAGUAUUAUUUUCCCUAUUACCAUUUUCAAAUCCCUCCGUUGUUCACCGAUUAACCGUUUUACCUCCUACGUAUGCAGGGCAUAGAUCAUGGAUGACAUCAAAGCACAUUUUAUUUAGCUUAGGCAGUUCCUCCUUCUCUUUAUUCCUUGGAACAUUUUCUAUACCAACACAAUCCCUGUUGGUAUAGUGUCUUGGAAGUAUGGAUAAAAUGGUCCAAGAAUUGUCUUUCUAAUGCUGCAAUG